CAUAACCUAGGUUCGACAUGAGGUGGUUUGUCUGCGGGGCCUUGAGCGCAGUUCUCGCGCUCUGGGUCGGUCUGGUGAGCUCCACGGCGUCGUUUCCUGGAUUCCACGAGUCGUUGAGGAGUAGGAUGCGAGCACCUGGAAAGAACGGCGGAGGUCAGGCGGGUCACAGCCGACAUACGAACAGAUAUCCGCUGUAUAUGCUGCACCUCUACCGGACCUUUCUAACGGGAGACGACAAACAUAUGAGCCAUGAAAAUCCAACUCUUUACGAGUCCGAUUCGGUCUUGAGUCUCGUUGCCAAGAGUUGCCAUCAGGUUGGUGACAAACUAGCCGUGACAUUUGACAUGUCCUCCAUAUCAGCAAGCGACAAGGUCCAGCGGUCUGAGCUUCGCAUUCGCCUUCCAGAAUUCGCCUCCGAGAUGGAGGUGGACAUCUAUCACGCAUUCAAACGUGAGUGCUACCGAAGCCCCUGCGACGAAGUAAGGAUUCACCUCGGCACUGUGAAAGCCAAACCAAUUGACUCAACCUCCCAUUCCUCCUGGAGGGUCUUCAACAUCACAACGCUGCUCAAGUACAGGUUUCUCCAAGAUGAGAGCAUGUUCUCAGAGGAACCCAUUCAGAUGCUUGCAAGAUCCGAGGGCGAGGGGCAUGAGAACGUCCAGCAUCUGACAGCCAAUAGGGUCAUGAUGGUGGUUUACUCCAAGCAGAACAGGGCAAAGACAUCCACCCUCAUCCAGACAGCAGAGCACUCCAAGUACAUAGCUCUGGACCGGGCCAGUGGUGGUGAACCUGUGCUUCGACGUCACAGGAGGAACCACCAGACUGAAGACAGAGUGCGUGAUGCAGCAGCCAGUUUGAUUCCAGAUGUUUCGCAAGAAGAAGGGGAGAAGAAAUCUCUCUGCAUGAAGGUGGAUAUGUGGGUGGACUUCGAUCAGAUUGGUUGGAGCGACUGGAUUGUUUAUCCGAAGCGUUACAAUGCCCAUCGGUGUGAAGGUAGCUGUCCUACACCUGUAGAUGAGACCUUCACCCCAACCAACCAUGCCUACAUGCAGAGUCUUUUGAAGCUGCACCACCCAGACCGCGUCCCAUGCUUGUCCUGCGUACCCACCCGUCUGGCUCCACUCUCAAUGCUCUACUAUGAGAACGGCAAGAUGGCCAUGAUACACCACGAAGGGAUGGUUGUAGGAGAAUGUGGCUGCCACUGA